AUGUUAUCGCGCCAGCACACGCCCUUCGCCCCACUUGCGUCGUUGUCGGUGUCGAGACUAUGGGACUUGCUCCAACCAAUAAUAGUUCCUUGGCACUCACCACGUUCACGUUUCACGAAUUGGGGACGCACAUUUACGUGCGUUCCACUUGCAAUCUUUGAACCAGAGACCGAAGAGCAAUGUGCGCUUGUCCUCGAGCUAGCCAGGCGCGAAGGACGACGCGUGAGGUUCUCGGGCAUAGGACAUAGUCCGAGUGACUUGGCGUGUACAAACGAGUACAUGCUACGCACGACCAAGCUUAACAAAGUUCUUGAGGUGAAUACGGAAAAGAAUUACAUUGUAGCUCAAGGAGGGAUCAUCCUUAACGCGCUCCAUGCCUGUCUUGCGGCUCACAAUUUGGCCAUGUCCAAUCUCGGUUCGAUCUCGGACCAAACUCUCGCCGGAAUCAUUACGACAGCGACACACGGUACUGGCGUCAACUAUGGCGUUCUGUCCACAAUGGUGCUGGAGCUGACUCUCAUGAUCGCGGAUGGCACGCAAGUCACGUGCUCAGAGUCUCACCGUCCAGACCUGUUCAAGGCAUCUCUGUGCGGUCUCGGCGCCACUGGUCUCAUAUUGUCUGCUAAAUUGCAAGUUGAGCCGGCGUUUCGCCUCAGAGACGAACAGGACACGGUCAACUUUGAUACAUUUCUCGAAGAUUUCGAUGUGUUGAUCAGGUCUGGAGAGCACACACGCUUCUGGUGGUUUGCACAAAACAAUUUGGUUCGCACUAGCGUAUGCAAUCGGACACAGGAGAGCCCAAAACCAGCAGGAAGUUGGCUGUGGAAUGUCUUCUUUGCCUACCAUGUCGUGCAGCUCCUACUAUUUUUAGGUCGAUACUGGUUGAGGAUCAACACUUGGACCGGUCUGUUUGCUGAAUGGCUGUUACGGGGAAAGACGGUGAAUAUUGAUGAUUCCCACAGGGUUCUAAAUGUGGAUUGUCGAUACCCGCAAUACACUACAGAAUGGGCUGUACCUCUCGAGAAUGCGCGAAGGUGCCUUAGGGAGCUUCAGAUCUGGAUUGACAAUGAAUAUGCCAACCCCAAUGGAAUCCGUCCCCACUUUCCCAUUGAGAUUCGCUUCACAGAAGCAGAUGAUAUCUGGCUCAGUCCCGUGAGUGAAUCUCUUUCCUUUGACGUUGGUAUGAUUUGCCGACGGCUUUCUCGCGGUAUCUUCUCUUCUAGGCCUUAUGGUUUCAACGUGCCAUAUCGCCGCUUCUUCAGCGCCUUCGAACGUAUCGCGGCGCAGCUCGGCGGAAAGCCACAUUGGGCAAAGACCCACGAGCUGCGUCCCGCGGAACUACGUGCAUUGUACCCCAGGUUUCCUGACUUUGUGAAAGUCUUGGAAGAUGUUGAUUCUUCGGGACUCUUCCGUAGUGAAUACAUUCGGAGACACAUAUUUGGAGAGCUGGGAGCAGACGUGCACGCUCGCGUGUUCAAGCCGCGGAACUGA